GUGGGGAGGAUGAUGUGGCUGGUGCAUAUGUGAGGUGAGUAUUCGCCUCAUCCCAUCCCGCCUUAUCCGCCUACGGGAGAAAAGGAGUUGUCCCUUGACCCAACCCCGGACUUUUUCGACGUCAUCGUAUGCAUGCAUGCAUGCGUGUGUGAGCUUUUUAUCGUCGUGAGCUGGGUGGGCUUGUGAUUGAAUCAUGAAGGGAAGCAGAAACAGGUUCAACUCUUUGUGUGUGUGUGUGUGUGACUUGGGUGAGUGAGGAAGUUAGUGAGUUAGGUAUAAGCGUUCAGCCACCUCCCUAGUUGGAGUAUUCUCGCUUGGAAAAGGAGCCUUAGAUCUACAUACACUACACUUCACUACACUGUGCUAGUUUGGUAUCAACAACAUCAUACCAUCAUCUGCGAUUUAUCCAAAUACCAGAACCGACAGAAAGAAACAAAGCUCAAAAUGGACCCCUCACAACUCAACCAAGUAAAACCCGACCAGGAGAAGCGAAACACGUACUACGAGUCCACGAUGCGGUGGGUGGAGGAUACGUAUUUGAAGUGGUUUGGGGAGAAUAGAACGAGUUAUGGGGUUAAAGAUACACUACGUCAAGGCGAAGUGACGGGGAAUAAGGACGUAGAUGGCGUUCAGCGAUCCGUGGGCGAGACGGUCGGGAAUCAGUUUGGGGAGGGCGGGUUGGGAGAGGGGGUUGGCAAGAUUGCUGAUAAGGGAUUGUUGAGUCGUUGAGUUUGUGUGUGUGGGGUUGGGAUAGAUACCAUUUUCUUUCUCUUCGGGUUUUGUGUUAUUUUGAGAUUUUGUGAAGGGAGAGAGUUGUAGAAUGGGAUGGGGGUAUUAAUGUUUGCUUGCUGGCUGCUAUCUGUCUAAUUACAAUUUGAUAUCCAUAAUCCAAGAAUUCAAGAUCGCUGUCUACAUC